UCACACGCAGGCUCAUGUCACCGCCAUAUAAAACGGUCGCACCGCUCACGCGCAUCAGUUUGUGACGGAUCCAUUGGAGAAACACACCACACGAUGAUGAAACAAAUAAGCACAGUGCUGUUACUGACAGUAGUGGCGGUGGCUAGAGCACAGUUCUCGAACGGUCGCAUAUUGGAGCCCCCAAUUCCAUCACAGUGCGUGCAGAGAGUGAUCCACGAGAGAUAUGUAGACAAUAAAGGUUAUUUCUUCUCGUGGCGUGACCCGGCGCUCCGUGGUGUGGAGGAAGACUGGCUUAGUGCGAGGAAUUACUGUCGGCAACGUUGCAUGGAUCUGGUCUCGUUAGAAACAAGUGACGAGAAUGAAUGGGUCAAAGCUAGGAUUGUUCAGGAUAAGGUGAAAUAUAUCUGGACAUCAGGUCGCCUCUGCGACUUCAAAGGCUGUAAUCGUCCCGAUUUACUGCCUAACGAAGUUAACGGAUGGUUCUGGACUGCUGAACUGCAAAAACUAGCACCCACAACCAACCGCCAGCAGAACGACUGGUCUGAGGGCGGUGGCAUCGGAAAACCACAACCAGACAACAGGGAACUAAUCCAAGGCGGAGCAGCAGAACACUGUGUGGCGAUCCUGAACAAUUUCUACAACGACGGAGUCCACUGGCACGACGUUGCUUGCCACCAUCGAAAACCCUUCGUUUGUGAAGAAAAUGACGCUCUCCUCAAAUACGUGCGAUACACAAAUCCCAACCUUAGAGUUUGAAGUUAAAGAUUACAAUUAUUAUAAAAAAGACACUAUGUUACAUUGUAGAUUACAGAGUUUCUAAAUGAGAUCUCCAUCUGAGCCUGUGGCUAAUUAUUCUAUUUUUAAUCGGUACGUCUAAACUUUAAUUCAAUAGGAAUAACAACAAGAAAGCAUAACACAAUAAAGACUUUCAAUCACUCAUGAGUUCAAAUCUGGGCAACGCCAAAAACAUUUUCUAGAAUUUUAUUUCUUAAAACACGUUAACAAAUAUUAAAUACGUCUUCCCUAACGGGAAUUGACUAUAGUAUAGAGCCUCAAAGAAACUGAAAAAGUACAUUAUGCAACAUACUAUCAUCAAGAGUUGUAGACCAAUUGUGUUUUCAAUGUGUAAAAAAUAAAGAUAAUUUUAAUUCGCCGUGAACUAGAGUAAACGUAGGAAAGGAUAGCAAUUGUCUCAACAAUCUGGUCCUAAGAACAACACUGAUUCUUAUUUAGAAAUAUCCGUUAUUGGACAAAUUCUGUAUUAAAAAUCUAGUAUUAGCUGGGCUCAAUCUCUUUUAUCUAAUUGCGCUUCAGUCCCUAUUCUUAGGUCUGAUGAUAAUAAAUAAUAAAGCGCAUCAAAACUACGACCACUGCCAGUUAGAAACUUAUUAAAUAGUAUUAAAUUUGAACAAGUAUACUUCACGGAAGUUCAUAUGGAUUCAGUGUUAAUGUCUUUAACAGCGCCAUUAACAGAGUGCUUUUGCGACACGAGUUUCGCCUCUAAUGGGGCCAUUACAACGCAAUAAAACUUUUUAUUAUCUACGAUUUCUAAAUUAUAACUUACCUAUGGUGCUAGCUUUAAGUUUACCUCAACACAUAUUUAUUUGAGAAUUGUAUAUCUACAGUAGUCAUACGAGAGAUAUUUUUUUAUGAUCUGUCAAUAAAGACUGCUAUUCCUAUUCGAAA